GGUGUUUUGUAGAUACAGCAAAAAAAAUAAAAAACGGUUGAACUUGAGUGGUUUGAUUUUCUUCAUUCGAUAGCUGCUGUGCGCGCAAUUCUUCCUUCGCUUCCUUCUUCCCUCCUCAGAUCAUAAUCUCCGUCAUCAGUCGCAAUCGCACCGAGGAAAAAAAAAGUCACCCCCCAUCUCACCUUUUCUAAUACAACGAACAAAUCCAAAAUGUCCAUCCCAAUCGCCACCAUCUCCACCUUCCGCACAACCUUCAACCCCUGGGCCCGCAGCGCCCGCCCCUGCCGCCUGCUGCUCUCGCUGCUCCGCAACCCCUCGACCGUCCCGGCCUCGAGCGGCACGCACAUCGACAUCAAGGUGACGCAGCUGCCGCGGCACUCGACCAAGCCGGCCGAGCUGGUGGUCGGCUUCAAGAACGGGAAGGAGGUGAGCAUCCCCGUCGGGGAGCGGGAAAUGCGGAUCGGGGAUGUCAUCGAGGAGAUUGCCCGCGUAGGACGCGUGAUUGAGCGCGAGGAGACGUUGAAGGGUUGAUUGGUAUUCUGGCGGUCUGUUUCUGCUCUGGAUCAAAGGUUGCCUUGGUUGGGGAUUGGAGUGAAAGAUGAAUGAAGAAGCAAGCAGGGGACAAUGGAGGAAGGGUGUGUAUCAGAACUAUUGCGCCGGAUAUCUUACGGCCCUGGAGGAUGUCGGGCUCAAUCUUGGUGCUUCUGUCCUUGAAUAUUUGGACACGCGCAAUGCUAUCGCGGCAUACGGGAAAGUCAUCAGGACUUUGUUUCGCGACCUGUAUCAUCUAUCAUGUUGUUCAAGUACAUGUGUAUAUACCAGCUACUGAU